CAAACACUGGCUAUAAAUCAUGUGGCAUUAUUCCGUCUAUCUAAAGUAAAUCACCAAAGCUCUCCAACCAGUAGUCACAGAUUACAUGGACUGAAAAUGCAGACAAGCAAUUUGUAGGUCCAUAGCCCAGAACAGACAGUCCGCCAGUCGCUCUUAUUUCAUUUCCAGUAGAGCCAACAACACAUCAUUGGCCAUAGUACUAGCAGAAUUGUCAAUCCCAUUUGGCCACUCCUAUAUAUAUCACCAUCACAAGACUCUUCUUUAACAUCCUCUCUUCUCCCACUGUCCACCCUUUUGCUUAUCUUCUCUGCCUACCCCUGAUAUGGACAGUGGUUCAAGUCCAAGUUUGUUUCCACUGCACCGAUGCAAAACUAUUCACCUGGUGAGGCAUGGACAAGGAAUCCACAAUGUAGAGGGAGCUAAGAACUACAAAAAAUUAAUGAAACCUGAAUAUUUUGAUGCGCAUCUUACUCCACUAGGCUGGCAGCAGGUUGAUAAUUUGCGUAAGCAUGUUCAUGAAUCUGGGCUUUCCAAGAGGAUUGAGUUAGUCAUUACAUCUCCUUUGCUAAGGGCUCUGCAAACGGCUGUUGGAGUAUUUGGAGGUGAGGGCUACACUGACAGAACGGAUAUAUUGCCACUAAUGGUGGCAAAUGCAGGAUAUAGUGAGCAUCCUUCAAUUUCAAGUCUUAACUGCCCGCCCAUCAUUGCAAUAGAACUUUGUCGAGAGCAUUUGGGAGUUCAUCCCUGUGAUAACAGGAGGAGCAUCAGCGAUUAUCAGUUUCUAUUUCCUGCGGUUGAUUUUUCACUGAUAGAAAGUGAUGAGGAUAUAUUGUGGAAGGCAAAUGUCAGGGAGCUGAAAGAGGAAGUUGCAGCUAGGGGAUUGAAAUUCCUGAACUGGUUGUCGACAAGGAAAGAGAAAGAGAUAGCAAUUGUUACCCAUGGUGGAUUCUUGUUUCACACACUAAGUGCAUUGCUAAAUGAUUGUGACCCUUUGGCGAAAAAAGAAAUGUGCAAACACUUUGCAAAUUGCGAGCUUCGCUCCAUGGUCAUUGUUGACAGAAGAAUGACAGGGUCUGAUUCCUCAACAACUAAUUAUCCAGGAAAGAUUCCUGAUGGGCUAGAUCUCCCUAGUGAUGUUGCUGGUGAGAACCUUGAGAAAGAAAAGUCUAACUUAGUUUAAAAAGAAAGAAAGAAAGCUGCCACAAGCUGCGAACAAAUUGGAUAUUGUGCAUGCUUGGAAUAUCAGGCUCUUCCCACUUUACAUGCUACAUCCUGUUGUGUUUUGACGACUCCGAGAUUCAUAGGCGUAAAGUGGUGUCCGGUUUGUCCAUGAAGAAGAGUACAAGAUUGCAUUUUAUGAGACCUCUUUAUUUGCUAAAGAGAAUAACUUGUAAAAUACACAUCAGUUUAUGCUUGACCUCUCCCACCAGCUUAUUUGGCAAGUCCUUCCCUUGUUUGUGUUUUUCAACCUUGUUGCCCAGCAAUAACCUGUAGCGAAUGGACUAUUUGAAUUUCAGACAUUGUUGGCUACUCUUAUAGCUGCCGAUGCAUGGUCA